ACUCGCAAUCGACGCGCCUUUCUUCUCUCUCGCGCUGUUUUUCCUUGUUACCGAAAAAUUAGAGCCUAUUCUCUCGUCUCCCAAAUCCAAACGCAAAAUCAAAAAAACUGAAGAACAAUUUUUCUAGGGUUUCUUCUGGUUUGAAGCAAUGCUUUAAACAUUCAUCGGUUUUUUCAUUUUUAAAAAAAAUUUGCGUUCGGAUUCGUUAUUUCUGUCAUUCUGAAAUAGGAAGCGGUUUCAAUUUCAGUUUCUUAACCUUAAUGCACCAAACUUGCUGCUGCAUCUUAGAUCUUCUCAUGCUUCUGCAUCAAGAAAGAUCUUUUCAAUAUAUAAAGAAGGCAGAGGCAUUGACAUGUCUUAAUUAUUGAGGUUUCUGAAAUAUUUGGGGACGGAGAUGAAGCUAGCUGCUCUGUUGACUUCUGCUGGUAUCAAUACUGCAGUGAGCGUAGUGCUGUUCUCCUUGUAUUCGGUUUUAAGGAAACAACCAAGCUUUGUAAAUGUUUACUUUGGCGCAAAGAUUGCUCAGGUAAGAUCAAGACAACAGGAUGCCUUUCGGUUUGAUCGAUUUGUUCCUUCUCCAAGUUGGAUCCUGAAGGCAUGGGAGACAUCUGAUGAAGAGAUAUGCGCUACUGGUGGCUUGGAUGCAGUGGUAUUCGUGCGGAUGAUUGUUUUCAGUAAACUUACUCUCCUGCUGCUCAUUGUGGACAGUUUCCGAAUAUUCUCCAUUGCAGCCAUUGUAUGCAAUUUUCUUGUGCUCCCACUUAAUUAUUUUGGAAAAGAGAUGCAGCGUCACCAGAUUCCAGCAGAGACAUUGGAGGUAUUCACCAUUGCGAAUGUUGAGGAAGGGUCAAGAUGGCUUUGGGCUCACUGCCUUGCAUUGUAUCUCGUAUCCUGCUGUGCUUGUUUUCUUCUAUACCUUGAGUACAAAAGCAUUUCAAGGAUGAGGCUGGCUUACUUUACUUCAUCUAUGUCCAACCCAAGUUAUUUCACAGUUCUUGUUCGUGCCAUCCCAUGGUCGCGAGAAGAAUCAUACAGUGGAACAGUGGCAAGAUUCUUCACAAAUUACUAUGCAUCAAGUUUUUUAUCUCAUCAAAUCGUAUAUCGAUCUGGCUCUGUUCAGAAACUGGUGACUGAUGCAGGGAAGGUGUGCAAGAUGCUAAAACUGGCACCUAGGGAACUACACAUUGGAUCAAAUUCCAUGAGAUGUGGUCUUUGUGGAACAUCAACACCGUUCAGCAUGCUUCCCAUGGAUGCGGACGAUGACCAAGGAAGAAGUGAUUUUGGCGGUUCAGAUUUGAGUAAAAAGGAGUCUGCAGCUGCUUUAGUAUUUUUCAGGACUCGCUAUGCUGCUUUGGUUGCUUCUCAGAGCCUUCAAUCUCGAAAUCCUAUGUCAUGGGUCACAAAUCUUUCUCCAGAACCUGGUGAUAUGUAUUGGUCAAACAUUUGUGUCCCAUAUAGACUCCUUUGGAUCCGCAAAGUAGCUAUUCUUGUGGCCUCGAUGGCUUUGGUGGCAUUUUUCAUUGUGCCUGUUUCAUUAACACAGGGUCUUGUUCACCUCGACAAGCUUCAAAAGACAUUUCCAUUUCUUAGAGGAGUUUUAAAGAGGAAAGCAAUGAGUCAGCUGGCUACGGGAUAUCUACCAAGUGUCGUGUUAAUAAUAUUUAUGUACAUGGUUCCUCCAAUAAUGUUGCUAUUUUCUACAUUGGAAGGCUCUACCUCUCGUAGUGGUCGGAAGAGGAGUGCAAGCAUAAAAGUUUUGUGCUUCUUCAUCUGGAAUGUUUUCUUUGGUAACAUCCUCUCGGGGUCUGUGAUUGAGAGGUUCAGUAAGAUUUUUAAGGAUGUAAAUUACCUACUUGCGACAGCAGUACCAUCAACAGUAACCUUCCUCCUCUAUGUGCAUAUAUAUGCUACCUUUUUUAUGACUUAUGUUUUGACAUCAGGCUGGGCAAGUCUAUCAUGCGAACUCAUGCAACCGUUUGGUUUACUCUGCAACUUAUUCUAUAUGUUUAUUCUCAGAAACAAGGAUGUAACUACAUAUGGCACAUUGACUUUUCCAUACCACACAGAAGUUCCGAGGAUCCUUCUAUUUGGGCUUUUUGGCUUUGUGUAUUCCACAUUGUCUCCUUUGAUACUGCCAUUCUUGCUGGUUUAUUUUUCCCUUGCUUACCUUGUAUACCGUAAUCAGAUCCUCAACGUGUAUGUAACAAAAUAUCAAACUGGGGGAACUUAUUGGCCUAUUGUGCACAACGCAACAAUUUUCUCAAUGGUGCUGAUGCAAGUUAUAGCCAUGGCUGUCUUUGGACUAAAAAAGUCUACAGUGGCGUCAAGCUUUGUAAUUCCGCUUAUAAUCAUGACACUCCUUUUCAAUGAGUAUUGCAGGCAAAGGUUUCAACCAUUAUUCAUGCAAAUCCCUGCUCAGAUUCUUAUUGAAAUGGACCGGCAGGAUGAACAAAAUGGGAAAAUGAAAGAGAUCCACCAAAAACUCACAACAUCUUAUACACAGUUUAAAUCCAAAUCCCGCACUCUGGGUGAUCCUAUGCCCCCAAAUAAUAACUGCAGGCUUGAAGACCUAGAAAUUAAUCCAGGGAAAAUCCCUGUCCAUCAUCUCUCUUCUUAAUGGGUUCAACAUACGUUGAAAAUUGGAGAAUCAUAAUCAAGUAUAUGAAUUUCUGGGCAUUUACACGAGGGAAUAUUGCUAGUUGUGAUUCUUCUAACUAUUUAUUUUUGGAGGAAAGGCAGACGAUAUCUUGAAUAGAAACUUUUAGUAUACACAGGAGAAAGUUCUUAUAAGCGCUCCUGGAGAUGCAAGAUUUUGAAGUGUUUAGAUUAUCUCUGUCUCACAUAGAGAUGAGAAGAAGGACGUAUCGAGUUUUUGUACAGAUGAUAGUUCCAUGAAUAAUGAAACUCUCUGUUAGAGUAUGAUGUUCUUACAUGUAUAGUUGAAAUACUUACAGGUUAUUCUAUCAGAGGAUUUUGUUUAUUCUAUCUUUUUGGCUAUAGAUGUACAUUUCCUAGAAAGAAAAUAAGAAAUUAGAAUUGCAAUCCUUCCAA